AGGAAGUGUUCAGUCACACGCAGAUUGUACAGACUUCCACUACUCCUUCUCUCCGUCUUCCUGAACGCCAUCAGAGUUCACCUACUGAAGAUCUCACCUGUACCGACACAUGGGCGCAGUGGCAUUCAGACAGCAUGGGCUCUAGACUCAGACAAAACCCUGAUAGAGCAUUCAACGUAUUCUUUGAGGCAACAUGUCCUACAGCCAGAGACAGAGAUCCAGAUGUACGUCUUCAAUUUCCAGACGACUUCAGCGAUAAGGAGUCUUGUCAAACAUUAUCCAGUUUCUGCUUCCCAUAUGACAUACAAAGGGUGAGAGUAGGAGGGACUGUGCAGCAGUUCACUUUUGUUCUGACUGAUCUCGAGGGCUGCCAACGCUUUGGCUUCUGUCGCCUCACCAACAGUGCUCGGACGUGCCUUUGCAUCCUCAGUUAUCUUCCAUGGUUUGAGGUCUUUUAUAAAUUUCUCAAUACCCUAGCUGACUACAUCACCAAGGGGCAGACCAAUGAUAUGAAAGCUGUGCUCGCUGCACUGUACAGGCAGCCCAUACCACUGGCAGCUGAUUCUAUCUCACUGCAGAUGAUUCCAUACUUCAUUGCUCCUGAUCCUGGAGGUCUCCCGUCCAUUCCUGAAAAUAGGAACUUGACAGAGUUGAUAGUGGCGGUAGAUGUGAAGAACCUUCUGCAGCUCUACGCCAGCAUGCUGUUUGAGAGACGCAUCCUAAUAUUUGCUUGCAAACUCAGCACUCUGACAUCUUGUGUACACGCACUUGGGGCUCUGUUAUACCCAAUGCACUGGCAACACAUCUUCAUCCCAGUCCUACCACCACACCUUCUGGACUAUUGCUGUGCACCCAUGCCGUACCUUAUCGGGGUUCACAGCAGUCUCGCUGAGAAGGUGAGGAGUCGAGGUAUGGAGGAAGUUGUCAUUUUGAAUGUGGAUACAAACACAUUGGAAACUCCCUUCAAUGACCUGAAGAAGAUACCUUCAGAUGUGAUGUCUGGGCUGAAGUUAUGUUUGAAGCGUCAGGCGGUGUCUUCUGGUUGUGGGGUCUCACGGGCCUUCCUCAAGGCCCAAUCUGUCCUCUUUGGAGGAUACAAAGAUGCUCUGCAGAAUCUUAAGGGCGGUGAGGUAUGCUUCAAUCAAGAUUUGUUUCUCGAUCACAAGUCACCCAGUAUGAGGCGGUUUCUUCACAGUGCCAUUCAUUUACAGUUUUUCAAACAGUUUAUUGAUGUACGCCUGGAUAUUCUGAACACAGGGAACAUACCACAGGACCUCUUUGAAGAGGUGAUCCUUGAGGGUCAAACAACAGGAAAGAGUAAAGCUUAUCAACAGGUAGUUGAUCAUUUAAAGAAAGGAAGCGGGACGCUGAUCCUCAACAUGAAGUCCAAAACAAAUAAUAUACGGGCAAACGGUAUCGCAAGUUCAGGUUUGAAAAGCAGGUUGAAACAUAAGGCCUACAAUCAAUUCAUUCAGAGAGGUGGAUCUGCAUCAUACCAUUGUGCUCAGUCUGACUGCCUGCAGAAUCGUCUACCAAUCACGCAACACUUUGGAAUGCCACGUCCUCGUCGGCCUGGUUACAAACAUGGCGUCACCCGAGCCAAGGGCACCACGGCAGCUGGAGAUGCACGGAACGGGAUGAUGUCUGGGCAAGUGGUCACGCCUGACUCUGAGCUUCAAAAGGAUGACGAGGAAGAUGAGGAAGAGUCAUUUCUGUGUGAUUCAGAGGAAAUGGAUCUUCUAAGCGAAAUCUUUGACACACUCAGCACCCGCAGCUCACACGACCGUGGCCUGCUAUAUGGCACACGCAGCCUGGAUCUGUUUGGACCAGACAGUUAUGACUAUAUUACAAAGCUUGGUCGAGUCAAUUCCAGCCAGGAGAGCCUACCUCUUUCCACGAGUGGCAGUGGCAGCCUUCACAGCUGGAAUCCGGAACACUCAGAGGAGGUGCCAACGCUGACUGAGAACUCAAGUUGUCUGCAUUUUGAGCCAAACAAGGCUGUCAGUGAGGCAUCAGCAUGUGUAAGAGAACAUGAGACGUUGAGAGGCAUUGGAGAUAAAAAGGAGGAAAAGAAGGUAGCAAUAAAAGUGACCCAUGUAGUAGAAAUCCAUAACAGAAAUAGUUCAAGGGAAGUGAAGUUUGAGGAAGAAAAAUUGAAGAAUGAGCCAGAAAAAAGAGUGACUUGUAAACAGUGUCCUGUGGAGGACACAACUGAGCGGAAUGAGGACGAAGAGCGGAAAAUGACGGAAGAUGGUGCAAAUUGGAGUAAGAAUGAGACACAUGAUGGAAAUAGAACACCUGAAGUACAUGAGGAUGAAACAGAAGAGGGAAGUGGAAACCUAGGGGAGGAAAGUGAAGAGGUGGGCUUCCAGUCUCAGGUCUCCAGUGAAGGGUUCCUGGACAAGACAAGGAAUAAGGACUUGGCCGAGACUAACGGGCCAGGUAACAGCAGUGACAUUGUUCAAACAUAUCCGUCGUGUGAUUCAAGGACCCAUUCGGAUGCUAACAGCACCAUCAAUCAUGCGCAGGGAGGCUCAACUCCUGUCAAGGUGUUAGAACUUAAAAAGAGGUUUGAAGCUCAAUGGAGCGCCCACACCGGCUGACUGGGAGAGUCAAUUUGCUUCUUCUUAACCGCAAAAAACUGCAAGUUUGGAUCUUGCCUAGGAGAGUAAGCAGUGGUGUGCAUAUAUACUUUAUUUAUAUACACAUUAUUUUUACUUUAUAAAGUGAACAUCGUAAAAGUG